ACCCUUUUCCUUAUAUGGAAACACUAACCACUGAACUAUUUAAUUGUCUGGAGUAAUUCCAAAUGUUUAUGACACUAUUUUUUCUUUGAUUUAUUUUCAGCCAUACUCAGUAAAAGUCAUUACUUAUUGUUCUACUUGGUAUCCGCUAUGCAGCCUCGAAUGUUGGUCGCUUUUGAUACUGAACUGCGUCCAAUGCAAGUCUCAGUCAGGGUGGGGCAGGUAGGUUCUAUAACCUUGACAUAAAAAACCUAAAUAUCUCUCGAUUUCAAGUCACUUUUCAAUGCGCGGUUCCCAAGUUCGUUGCGAACUUGCCAAUCACGUUUCCAAGUUCGGAAAUUGGGCGCGAACUUCACAACAAAGUUCGCAAGUUCAUUUCAAUGUUUGAACUUUGUUUGUAAACAAAUGUUCAUACUCAAUAAUAAUAACCAAUUUAAUGAAAUACAAACCUUCUUGGUAGAACACUGGACCAAGAACUUUCCAUUGAAUUGUUAAUUUCAACUUGAAUUAUGAACAUUUGUUUGCGAUAGUUUAAUUAUUUUUUUGCGAACUUUGUUGCGAACUUGGAAACGUAAUUGGCAAGUUUGCAACGAACAUGGGAACCGCGCAUUGAAAAGUGACUUGAAAUCGACGAUAACAUUAUUUUUUCACUCUGAUAACUGCAUGUUAUGGUUAGUGGAACCAUGGAUAAUAAAAUAAAUGGAUAGGAAACUAGCUGACGUGACCUAAUGUUUUCAAUGGGCUGAUGGCGUGAUUGGAUGUUGAAACCUAGUUGCAAACCAAAUUCUCAAAAACGGCAUGUUUAGCAAUAAUACAGCUAAACAUUUUAGUCAAAGAGCAAAUAAAUAUAACUACGCCAUUCUACGAUGAAAUUUCUAAGUAUUCCCAGUCAAUUUUAGCAAAUAUUUCAAGCACUAAACAGUGAAAAAUGCAUCGCAAAUUUCGUUUGCCAUUUGUGACGCCAUUUCGUUGCUACAAAUGUAAAAAAAAUACAAAACAAAGACGAAAAACAUUUACCUUGAAUACUUUGUCGUGGCUUAGGCAUGUUUUUAAAACAAUUAGACCAGUUUAUGCUUCAAUAUUACUCUUUUAAAGCGGAAAUAUAGCGAAACAACAAAAAUGCCUAGAACUUUGGCAAUACGCGUGACGUCACAGAUUGCAACUAGGUUUAGACUGUGACGUCAGCUAGAGUCCUAUUCAUUUAUUUGAUUAUCCAUGGUGAAACCUACCAAUUUUCGUUCUAUAUUUUCUAGGCGGUAGAUGUCGUUGGUCAAGCGGGCAAACCCAAGACAAUUACAGGAUUUCAAACUCACACUACGCCUGUAUUGUUAGCGCAUGGAGAACGUGCUGAACUAGCGACCGAAGAAUGUAUCUUUUUGAUGAUCUGAUUUUAUUCUCAUGUACAUACAGGACAGCCUGUUUGCAGGCUAGUUUCAAAGGCGGUGUUUCAGGAAGGGGGGGGGGGUUGGGUAACGGGUUUGAUUCCUGCAAUAUGAAGUUGUCUGAUUAUAAUUUUACCUCAGUCACAUGUGAGAAGAAUGCUUCCAGUUUGACUCUACCAAAAGUUUCCACUUGUAGUAAAAUAAGAGAUGAUCGUUAUUGGACCUUCAGGAAGAACAGUUUAGAACUGAUAGAGCCAUCCAGUAUAAAAAAAGUUAGUUUAGUUUAGGUUUCCUCCUGUAGUAACACUGGAUCAAUAAGAGAUGAUCCUUACUGGACCUCUAGGAAGAACAGUUUAGAACUGAUAGAGCUAUCCAGUAUAAAUAAAGUUAGUUUAGUUUAGGUUUCCUCCUGUAGUAACACUGGAUCAAUAAGAAACGACUCUUACUGGACCUCUAGGGAGAACAGUUGAGAACUGAUAGAACUAUCCAGUAUAAAUAAAGUUAGUUUAGUAGAAAGUCGUGCCAGAUAUGUAAUAUAAUUUACCUAGCAUUUGUGACAGUUUCUUAACGCUUGUAUUAGAUUUAUCUCUGACACCAUUUUUAGAAGGCUUUGCCAUCUUGAAGAAAAAUCCCGAUUAUGACGCCGAAGAAACUGGUUAAGAUUGAAACAUGCGAGAACUAUCAGUAGAACAUACCACUAAAAGUUUUAAAUAACCUAUUCACCUAACUACCUUUAAAAGCUCCCUAUAUACCGAAUCACCACAUUGAUAUUACCCCUAUAAUUUAAGCAACAUAUAACACGUUCCCUUAGAGAAAUGGGUCUUUGCCCUUUAUUGUUUGAACAUAGAAAUAUAUACUGACAACUACCAUAAACACAGAUGUGAAAUAGUUGGUUUUGAAGAAGAUUGUUUAUGUACAAAACAUGCUUGUUUGUGUGGUCGUAUUAGCCAACUGAAUGGAAUAGCAAUUUUCAACCUGUAUUUUCUUUCGUUUGUGUCAUAGACGUUAAAUUUGAAUUAGAUCUGUCCUGUAAUUUUACGUGUGAAAAAAAUGUCAAAAUAAAUUCAACUUACAGUCAAACCGGAUGUUCUCUUGCGAGCAACAUUGCAAUAUUGCCCCACAAUAUUGCAAUUUUGAUAGGCAGAUUGCUCUGAGCAAAUUGCAACCGACGCGAACAAAUUGCAAGUUGGAAAUUCACAAAAGAUUUGCAAACAAAGCCUCUGAUUGGAUUAUAGCCUUUAUAGGAAAGAGGGAAGCCAAUCAAAUAGUCUGAGCAACUGGAUUGGUGCUUCCCCCUUUCUUAUAGUCCAAUCAGAGGCUUUGUUUACAAAACAUUUGUGAAUUUCAACUUGCAAUUUGUUCGUGUCGGUUGCAAAUUGCUCGGCGCAAUCUGCCCAUCAAAAUUGUUUUUUACAUGUGAUAUGUUCCAAUUUCACAUAAAAUUUCUCGUGUGUAAUAAUGAUAUGUGAUACAGCUAUAUUUUAUUUUGCUUAUAGACAUCAACGAGAUUUAUGUCAGUUCUUGUGUCGUAUAUUUUAGCCAGUGUGGUACUGUGAAUUUCUCAUAGCAAGCUUACAAGCAGUACUAACAAUUGGUCAUUCCAUAUGAAUGCCUUUGAUUGUAUUAUCCAUGUUUUCGGAAGAAUUUUCUGUAGCUUAAAAUAUAAAACGAGUUUGAAAAUCCAUGCGCCGGGUAGAUUUUAUGUGUAUAUGAUUAUUAUAAUUGCAGAAUUUCGGGCUGUUUGUUACUUGGGUAGGCCCGUCAAAUUUCCCUCGAAGUAAGCCCCUUGCAAUUGGAG